GGUUAUUAAUUCGAUUCAGGGGUCUCACGUCUCGCCAGCUUGGUUUAUUAGCAGACUUUCGUGUUCCCGUGUUUUACGCUUUAGCUUUUUACGUUAUUGUCAUUGCAGUUUAACUAUUUACUGCUCAAUUUAAUUUUGCAAUGCUUCGGUUCACUUGGCUGCUUUCUGCUCUGCUUCUGUACCCCGAGCUAAGCCAAGGAUACUUCCCCGAGGAGCGUUGGAGUCCCGAAUCUCCGCUGCUUGCCCCUCGGAUACUAAUUGCUCUCGUUUGCCGAAACUCGGAGCACUCUUUGCCAUAUUUCCUUGGAUCAAUCGAUCGACUGAACUAUCCCAAGGACCGUAUUGCCAUGUGGGUGGCUACAGACCACAAUGAGGACAACACCACAGCCAUCCUGCGAGACUGGCUGAUCCAGGUACAGAGUCUGUAUCACUAUGUGGAGUGGAGGCCUCAGGAAGACAGCAGAGAGUACGAGGAAGAGGCGGGGCCGAAGCACUGGACAAACCACCGCUAUGCACACGUGAUGAAGCUGAGACAGACCGCCCUGGAAGCUGCCCGCGAGAUGUGGGCCGACUACUUCCUGCUCGUGGACUGCGAUAACCUCUUGACCAAUCAGGACACCGUGUGGGAGCUGAUGAGGGAGAAUAAGACCAUUGUUGCUCCCUUGCUGGAGUCCAGAGCAGCCUACUCCAACUUCUGGUGUGGCAUGACCUCUCAGGGUUACUACAAGCGGACUCCAGCGUACAUGCCGAUCAGGAAACAGUUGAGGAAGGGCUGCUUUGCCGUUCCCAUGGUGCACUCCACCUUCCUGGUGGACCUGCGCAAGGAGGCCUCCCGCCAGUUGGCCUUCCACCCGCCCCACCCUGACUACACCUGGGCCUUCGACGACAUCAUCAUCUUCGCAUUCUCUGCGCGCAUGGCAGAUGUGCAGAUGUUCAUAUGUAACAGAGAGAAUUAUGGGUACUUCCCCGUCCCCUUGCGCUCUCAUAGCACCCUGAAAGACGAGGCCGACAGCUUCCUGCACACACUGCUGGAGGUCGCAGUGCGAAACCCCCCGUUGGACCCUUCCAAUUUCAUAUCGGCCCCAACCAAGCAGGCAGACAAGAUCGGAUUCGAUGAGGUGUUCAUGAUCAACCUGCAGCGCCGCACCGACCGGAGGGAGCGCAUGCUCCGCACUCUCUACGAGCAAGAGAUCGCCUGCAAGGUCAUCCCCGCAGUGGACGGCAAUGCAAUGAAUGUCAGCCAGGUCAAUGCCAUGGGCAUACACAUGCUCCCAGGGUACAGUGAUCCCUACCAUGGCCGGCCCCUCACAAAGGGAGAGCUGGGUUGCUUCCUCUCCCACUACAACAUCUGGAAAGAGAUUGUAGAGCGGGGCCUGAAGGCCUCCCUGGUGAUUGAGGAUGACCUGAGAUUUGAGGUGUUCUUCAAGCGCCGCCUGCAGAACCUGAUGAAGGAGUUACAGAGUGAAGGCCUGGACUGGGACCUCAUUUAUAUCGGGAGGAAGAGGAUGCAGGUGGAUCACCCGGAGAAAUCCGUGCCCAACAUCCACAACCUGGUGGUGGCAGACUACUCGUAUUGGACCCUUGGAUACAUGAUGUCCUUACAGGGUGCCAAAAAGCUCCUGAAGGUGGAGCCUCUGAAGAAGAUGCUGCCGGUGGAUGAGUUCCUUCCUAUCAUGUUCGAUAAGCAUCCUGUCUCUGAUUACAUGGACCAGUUUGAGACGCGGGAUCUGAAGGCGUUUUCCGCUGAGCCCUUGCUGGUGUACCCCACGCACUACACGGGCGACACAGGCUACAUCAGUGACACAGAGACCUCCACCGUCUGGGACAAUGAGGCUGUCCGGACGGACUGGGACCGGGCAAAGUCACGCAAGACCCAGGAGCAGGAGGAGAUCAGCACGGAGGCCCAGAACAGUGACGUGCUGCAGUCGGCCCUGGACAGCACCGCUCGCGACGAGCUAUGAUGUCUACCACAGAGCGGGAGCGUGAGAGAGACAGAGGGGAGAGGGGGCGUUCAGCAGCUUUUAAUCCUUCUGUUUUUGUCAUUUUUACAACGGGGGUUACUUUUGGGCGAUACUAAACCCCAACCCCCCCACACCGCCACCCCUUAUGGACUGCCUCUCCUUUGUUUUGGUUCUUUUUUUUCACCUCACCACACAGUUUUAACUGCCUUGUUUUGGUCCAGUUUUAUUUUUUCCCCUUUUUCUUUUUACUCCCCCCAAAGUUGUUUGUGACUCUUGACAAGGGAUUGUCAUCUUUGCUUUUAGAGUUGAAAAAGUAACUCUUUGCUACUUUUAUGCUAAUUUCAUUGCAUUUCAGAUUCCAUUGCAUUUCAGAUUUCAGAUUUCAGAUUUUUUCUCUGACAUUUUUCUGUCUGAAUCAGGAUACACUGGCAGUAAGGAGACUGCUGUGCUUUUGGCCCUUGAUAUUACAACUUUGAGCACUGUGCAUUAAUGGAAAACUUAUGAUUGGACCACAAUGCAUUGAUAGAAAUCAUUUGAUUAGACCAUAGUGCAUUGACGGAAUGAAUCUGACUGGCCCAGAGUGCAUUGGACUACAAUGCAUUGAUGGAAUCCAUCUGAUUGGAACAUAUUGCAUUAAUGAGAUGUGUCUGUCCAACAAUGAUGAUCCUGCUUGUUCUUUUUAUUUUUUAUUUUUGUGUGGUCAGGACUUUUAUUCACCCCCACCAGCAUUUAUAUAAAUUAAAGGGAUUGAUUUCUGUCAGGUCGGUUUGUUGGAGAGCUGUUGGAAAUGGGAACAGCCAGAAGAUCUCCGCUGAACACAAGAGCAAUGGAGGGAUGGUGCAGACCCUUUGCAGUGUAUUCAGUUUCCCCUGUGCAUCUGUUCCGGUCUGGAGGCACCUCAUGGAAAGGGGCCUCUUUCCCAUAUUGUCCCUCGUCCCUCUGGGAUGCCUUCACUCCGGCUGGAUCCCAGAUAGACACCAACCAACUCCCUAGAGUUUAUGGCUGAACAAAGACAGAACUUGGAAUCCCAUCCCCACCCCACCCCAGGCAUCAAGAAACUUCUGUCUCCUGAGGACUGUGCAUUGAAUAAGUCAUACUCGUCUGGUGUGGACAGGACUGAUGCUCCCCUCUGAUUAUGAAAAGCAGGUCUGAGGGACAGAGAGGAAGAUUUGCAUGACCUUUUUGUCACUUUUUUUAUUUUCACAAAUGUGCCUUCUUGCCAAAGAAUUAAAACUUUUUAAACUA